AUGGCUGAACCCGAGGUCGAAAUAUCCGCAAGCGCAGAACCGGAUGUCGAAAUGGCCGUGGCAGGUGCAGAAGAAGAAGCAGUAGAUGGGGAGAAUGGCGAUAUUGGUGGCCCCUUUGGGGAAGACGACGCAGAACGAUCGAACCCGCAGACAGUCUUUCUGGAGUACCUGCGAUCACCUAUUGUCGAGCUUAUGGUCGGCUCUGGGGACGAGGCAACACUCCUGACGGCGCAUCAGGCUCUCGUCACGCAAAGUCCGUACUUCGCAGAAAAGCUUGCGGACCACUCAGAAGGCACGCGACGCUUGGACUUGCCUAAAGAAUCUCUCGACGCUGUUGGCUGUUUUCUUCAAUACCAAUACACUGGAGAGUACUUCCCUCGACGAGUCGCAUCGAACCCCGAUGGCCUUGAAGCCGACCCCUCCGUUCCGCCCGUCGACGAUACUGGCGCACAGCUGCUGAAGCACGCUCGCGUCUACACCCUAGCUGAAAAGCUCGGUAUGCCAGAGCUCAAGACCCUUGCUCACUCCAAGAUCCACAGGAUCAAUUCAACAGCGGUCGGCGAGAUCGCGUACGCUCGUUAUGUCUAUGGCAACACACCGUCCACCGAUGACACCAUCCGUAAACCCGUUGCCGCGUUUUGGGCUACCAGAAGUCAUGUUCUCAGGCAUGAAGCGGAGCAGGAGUUCAGGCAGAUGUGCUUGGAGUUUCCACAAUUCGGAUUCGAUGUCCUGAGCCUCGUGCUUGAUCAGAGGGAAAAAAGGAGUGCUGCGCGAGACGACGAGACGCCGAUGAAAGGCAGCUCGAGGAAACGGAUGAGACCUUCGGUUCAAAUAUAA